CACAUUUCAAACGCGGCGGCAAACGGAGUACUGAUCCCAGAUCCGCCACCUCGGCCCCGGAUGCGGAUGAAGUCGUUGCUGCGGGGACGGACCUUCCUCCGUGCGGAACGUUUCUGCAGGGCUGCCAUUUUAGCGAGCUUACGCACUAAUGAACUAUGGGGGUCAAAGUGGUCCAGCUCACGUCAAAUUUCCAUCAUGAAAACAUUUUGGCUUCUCUGCAUCAGCUGAGGCUCCAGGGACAGCUGAGCGACGUCACAGUGCAGGUCGACUACCAGGGAGAUGUGCAGGAGUUUCAAGCCCAUCAGGUGAUGCUGGCUGCAUCCAGUGGCUAUUUCAAGAAGAUUCUUCUGUCUCAGGAUGCAGCUCGAGAUAAACUGUUACUCUCCAAUAUGCACUCCAGGGAUUUCUCGAAGUUUCUGGAAUUUGUUUACACGGGUAAAGUCGAAGUUGCCAGAGAUAGGAUUGGUGAUGUUCAAGCUGUGGCGAAACUUCUGGACUGUGAGGAUCUGUCAGAGGUUUGUGUUGAGGCCAUGAGCGCUGGGAUCCUGCAGCACCCUGCAAAGAAAACAUCUGUGUCAAAAGUUGUAGCUACAGACGACUUACAUGAAGCCAAAGCAGAGAAACAGACCAAAGGGAAGAAGCAGCCUAAAAGCUUACCUCUUAAGCGGCAGCUCUCGCCACAGAGCUGUGAGAAAGAAGUGGCUUCAAAAAGAUUAAAGGCAAAGGACACUGUGACAGAUGAAAAAAGACCAGGGAGACAGCUAAAACUGAAGAUGACUGGUAAUAAAGUGCUCCAGAGGCGUUGGUAUACUAAAAAACAGGCUUCUAGCAAUGAAGGUACCAACGAAGAGUCGAAGGAGGAUGAGGAUAGGACUGAGGCCGAGGCUCAUCCAGAGGACAAGGAGGACAGAGGGGAUGAGUCUUCAGAGGGAAAACCUGUCUCAGAUGUGGGUGAUUUUGAAUGUGAGGAUGAUGAGCAGCGUAGGGAUCCAGAAGAACCUUCACUGGAGGGAGAGGAGGAAGAAGAAGAGGAGGAGGAAGAGGAAGAAGAAGAUGAGGAAGGAGAGUCCAAUGAGACAGUAAAAAGAACAUCCAAGGCCCAGUUCCAGUGCAACAAGUGCCAGCGGACUUUCCACUAUGAGAGAAGCUACUUGAAGCACAUCAGCACGUAUCAUGGAGUGAAAGCAGAUGUCGUCUUUCGCUGUGAGACCUGCCAGCAGACCUUCGCUAACCGCAGCAACCUGAAGAUCCAUGAGAAGCAUGUCCACAGUAAUGAGAGGCUCUUUGCAUGUGACUCCUGCACAAAGACCUUUAAACGGAAGAAGGAUGUCGUCCGCCACCAGAGACAGGUACAUGAGCGAAAUCUGCGACAUGUUUGUUCUGAAUGUGGAAAGGCCCUCAGCUCCAAAACUGCCUUGUUGUUACACGAGAGGACACACACAGGCACGAAACCCUUUGAAUGCACCGAGUGUGGGGCGAAAUUUACCCAGAACUCUGCACUCAAGAUGCAUCGCAGGACUCACACAGGAGAGAAGCCGUUUGCAUGCGACGAGUGCGAUGCCCGGUUUACUCAGAAGCACAUGUUGGCCUAUCAUAAGAGAUCACACACAGGAGAGAAGCCCUUCAUGUGUGAGGCCUGUGGGAAAAGCUUUGCCUCUAAAGAAUACCUGAGACACCAUUCAAACAUCCACACUGGAUCUAAACCUUAUAAGUGUGAUCAGUGUGGAAGAGGCUUCGCUCAGAGGAACUCCCUCAACCAGCAUUUAAAAAUACACACAGGAGAACGUCCGUACAGCUGUAAAGACUGUGACAAACAGUUCACUCAGCUCAACGCCCUUCAGAGGCAUCAGCGUAUUCACACAGGAGAGAAACCCUACAUGUGUGGCCUCUGUAAACGCACCUUCACCGACAAGUCCACGCUUCGCAGGCACACCAUGGUCCAUGACUCGGAUGCUCCCUGGAAGACAUACCUGGUGGUUCUGGAGGGAAAUGUGGAGGAAAAGAAACCCAAAUCUCCCACUAAUCGAAAGACAGAAAAGGCAGGAACAGGGGAGAAACAGAGCGCUGCUAGAAAAAGCUCUGCUGCUCCCGGUGCUGCUGAUAAAACCCAAACUGACUCCAUCGUGGUUCCGGCCGAACCCGUCACUCUACCUUCUGAUUGGACCAGCCACGGAGCCAUCGCUCUGGUGAGCCACGGCGCUCUGGGCGGCAUCACCGUCAUCCACACCGAGGUUCCACCGGGGACGCAGAUCCAGCCCAUCGUGACCACGGACGGCACCGGAGCCAGCAUCAUCUCCCUGGACGGUUCAACCAUCCCCGUCCCGUUUUCUUUGCCCGUGUCCAUGGCUCAUGGCCUCCCGCUGUCUGACGCCGCCUCCACAUCUUUAUCCGUUUCCUCCCUCUCAGUUCCAGUUUCUGACAGCUUGUUAGCAUCAGUGUCAGAGAUCCCAACUGUUUCUCCGUCGUCUGUGCUGGAAGCUGCUGCCUCACAGACCAUUCUGGCUCCAGUUUCAGACGCUAAAGCCAUUUCUGAGACGGAAACUUUGCACCCAGACAUUCAGACUGUGAUUGUCACUGAUGGACCAGAGCCAACAGCAGCAGACCAAAGCGAUGGACAGCAAAAGUUAGCAGAUAAUAACCCCUUAGCUGAACAUAAAACUGCCUCAGAUCAAGAUGCUGUGUAGAUUCUGAAUAUGGAUUUUUGUCUUGUAAAGAGUUCAAACCCCAUCAUUUUAUUUUUUCAUCUUUGGAUUAAGCAGUAAGGUAGCGUUUCAUAGUUAUGAUCUACAGUCCAGUGUUUUCAUUAAUAGUGAGUAGAGGUGGGUGUGAUGUUUAGUUUUUCUGUCUUUUGGAAUGUUAUAUUCAUUCAAAAUAAGAGCUGUAAUUACCAUAUUAGGUGUAAUAAAUUAAACAAUAUUGUACAUAUCUGAUAAUAUAUAGGGAAAAAUAUGGCACAAGUCAUGUUGAAUACAAAUGGAUUGGACGAAACUGGUAAUUCCUGACAUAUAAUGCACAUCCGAUCUGAAUCAUUUUACCAUUGCUAUUAAACUCUGACUUUAUACACCUUU